GACACAAACGAAACGAGCCUUUCCUUUUUGACGUGCUGUGUAAAACAAAAACACGCACGUGUAGAAAAUGCGUAUUGAAACUUGUUAUUUCUGCUCGUCCAGGAUAUAUCCUGGACAUGGCAUUCAAUUCGUGAGAAACGAUUGCAAGAUUUUCAGAUUCUGCCGUUCAAAAUGCCAUGCGGCGUUCAAAAAGAAGAAGAACCCGCGUAAAACCAAAUGGACUAAAGCCUACCGUAAGACAGCGGGCAAAGAGUUGGCUAUUGACCCGUCCUUUGAAUUCGAGAAGCGUCGCCAUGCUCCAGUGAAAUAUAACAGGGAAUUAUGGACGAAGACCAUCGAGGCAAUGAAGAAGGUGGAGGAGAUUAGGCAGAGGAGGUCGAACAACUACAUUAUGCAGAGAUUGAGGAAGGGACGUGAAGUGGAGUGGCAGAGAGACGUCAGAGAAGUCCAGAGGGAUAUUUCACUUAUCAGAUCACCAGCAGCAGGUCUCAAACAAAGACAGGCCCUAGAAGACACUGAGAUGGAAGUGGAGCCAGAAACAAUUGAAGUCGUUGAUGCUAAGGGCCGCAAGAAAAUUAUCGAGGCACCUGUCAUGGUGCCCGCUACUGGAGAAAUGAUCGAAGAUGGUGGAGAUAUUGAGUUAUAAGCAUCAGUGUUUGAAUAACAUAGACAAUGAACACCAAAUAGUAGCCAUAAUACCUGGUUCUAUGUGAAAAUCAACAAGUUUCAAGUUAUUACGCUUUUAUGAAGAACACUUUUCAAAAAUGGGAGUCAUCAUUUUUGUUACCUACUGUAGUCAUUCAGUAAUU